GGAGGAGAGACAAGUUCUGAGGCUCGUUCCUGCUGCUCACGGUCGCCGUCAGUAUUACUGCUGAGUUCGGAGAUACCGGAGGUCCCGUGGAUACUCAGUCUACUCUACCGGACCGUUAAACCGUCUAACUGACACCCGCAGAAACUUCACAACUGAGCCCCCUGUUUCACCCGGAAGCUGGACAAGCUAUCCGAGACUAUGCUUUUCUGUCUGCUGCCUCUCGCGGCUCUCUUGCUGCGCGCUGAGGGCAGGCGCGGGGAAACAGUGGUCCGUAACAACAACAAUGGCCACGCGCUGGACAACGACAAAUGGCUGAGCACGGUGUCUCAGUACGACAAGGACAGAUAUUGGAACAAAUUCAGAGAUGAAGUUGAGGAUGACUACUUCAAAAGCUGGGGUCCUGUCAAGCCAAUCGACCAGGAGACAGAGGCGAGGCCCGGGAGACAUGGGGAACCUGGAACCAAAGUCCACUCCAACCCGGGGAAGAGGAGAACAGAGGAGGCUCUGGACGCCACUAAACAUCCAUGUGUGAAGGUGCGCUGCCCUCCUCACAGGGUGUGUGUCAGCCACGACUACCAGACAGCCAUCUGCACCAACACCAACCACAAGCAGCCUACACACAGUGUGAAACCGAGGAAAGGAAGCUUGGCCUACAAGCACUGGGCAGGAGCAGGGGCCCAUGGGAAGUGUAGGCCAUGCCCUGUCAUCCACCCCAGCCCUGUGUGUGGAUCUGAUGGACACACCUACUCCUCUAAGUGUACGCUGGAGUUCCAGGAGUGUAAGUCAGGGAAGAACAUCGCUCUGAAGUGUGGAGGACCGUGUCCAUGUCUGCCUGAUCUGGAACUGGUCAAACCACACAGCCACAAAACAGAGAAGAGCGUCUGCAGUGAUGGGGACCUGCAUAGCCUAGCAUCCAGACUGAAGGACUGGUUCGGAGUUCUCCACCUCGACGCCAACCGAGACCUCAAAUCCUCUGCCAACUCUGAUUCAGCGGCAGGACGUUUUGACACCAGUAUCUUGCCGAUCUGUAAGGACUCUCUGGGUUGGAUGUUCAACAAGCUGGACAUGAACUAUGACCUCCUGCUGGACCAAUCAGAGCUCAGCGCCAUCUACCUGGACAAGUAUGAGCUGUGUAUGAAGCCCCUGUUCAACUCCUGCGACUCCUUCAAGGAUGGAAAACUGUCCAACAACGAGUGGUGCUACUGCUUCCAGAAACCUGAUGGUCUGCCCUGCCAGAAUGAGAUGAACCGGAGUCAGAUCCAGGGUCGGAGGAACACUGUCAUAGGGUCCUAUAUUCCACGCUGUUCUGAGGAGGGAUACUUUAAGCCAACCCAGUGUCAUGGCAGUACUGGACAGUGUUGGUGUGUGGACAAAUACGGCAACGAGAUCGCCGGCUCCAGAAAACAGGGCAACCCCACCUGUGAGGAGGACCAAGAGACCUCAGGGGAUUUUGGCAGUGGGGGCGCUGUCAUUCUCCUUGAUGACCAGGAGGAGGAGCCACCUCAGAGUGGGAGGAGCCGACAGAAGCAGAGGCGGGGCCGGAUCCAUCCCAGAGGGGCCAUUGAGGAUGACGAGGACGAGGAAGAUGACAAAGAUGACGAGAUUGGCUACAUCUGGUAGCUCCGCCCCCACCUGUUCUCCCAUCAACCAACCAGGGACCCCCGUUAACUCUGAACAGACCUGAAGCCAUUCCAGCAUCUCCUUCCUACCCCUCAGCAUCAACUCUGUGUUCAACUGACUAUCCCCUCCUCUAUGCCUCUUGUUCACCUUGAAACUUUCUCUCCGCUACUCAACCUUCAUAUAGUGUGUCCCUCCUACUCUCCUUCAGAGAAUAGAGACGUAUUCAAUUCAAACAAAGACUGUCUAGUCCCUUUUAAUGUGUGUCCCUCUGCUACUGCGUUUGUCCUCAAACCCUUCAACCAUAGACUGACACAUUGCUAUAUCCUCUCUCUCUCUCUUUCUUGUUCUUACUCUCUCAUCUCCCCGUUCUCUCUCUUUCUCUGUAUCUGUGUCUGUGCGUCUCUGAGAGUCUCUUGUCUGACUGUGAGGUCAGAGACAAGUUUGAAGGUGAGAUUCUAUGGUGUGUUCUGGCCCUUCUGUCAAAGACUCCAUUUUCCGCUCACGGCCUCACCCCUCAUGUUCUAGAAUACCAUAUUCUCUGGUUCCAGAAUAUUCUAUAGGCUCUUUGGUCGAGAAUAAUGUUCUUGCUGUUAUUGAAUGCUCCAGGGUGCCCUAGAACCAGAACGAGUGAUGAUGUGUUACUUUUUGUUGCAUGUUCCCUGACUACGCCCCUGUGGAAAGACAAGUUUGGGUGGCAAGAUACACUGAGUGUACAAACAUUAAGGACACUUUCCUAAUAUUGAGUUGCACCCUGCCCUUUUGCCCUCAGAACAGACUCAAU